CAGCUGUUGGAAUAAUUGUUGCACGUUGCUUUUGCUUGUGAAUGCGGUAAGCGGUUUUGUGGUUAUUAACAAUCAGUAAUCAAACAAUAUUAAUAAAUUACUGUUUAAUAAUAAGCUAUUCAUUGUUUACAAACUUUAUUUCAAAAUGGUUGUACUUUUAGGAGAUUUGUUUCCAAAUUUUAAAGCAGACACGACUAUAGGGAACAUUGAAUUUCAUGAAUGGAUUGGGAAUGGAUGGGCAGUACUAUUCUCGCAUCCGUCAGAUUUCACUCCGGUGUGCACAACUGAACUAGCCAGAGCUGCUCAACUAGUUCCUGAAUUUGAAAAAAGGAACGUAAAGAUCAUUGGACUUUCAUGUGACACUGUUACUUCUCAUAACCUAUGGAUACAGGAUAUAAAGAACUAUGGUGGACUGACGUGUGACAACUUCCCUUAUCCGAUAAUCUCGGAUGCCGAUCGCACAUUGGCUGUACAGCUGGGCAUGCUGGACCCAGUAGAAAAGGACGCCGACAAUCUGCCUCUCACUUGUCGAGCGAUCUUCGUCAUUGAUCCUCAUAAGAAACUACGACUUUCCAUUCUCUACCCGGCCACCACUGGCAGGAAUUUUGAUGAAAUUCUGCGAGUCAUUGAUUCAAUGCAGCUGACCGACACGAAGAAAGUGGCUACACCUGUUGAUUGGAAGCAAGGAGGCGAUUGUAUGGUACUGCCAACCGUCAAGAAUGAAGAGAUCAAGGACCUGUUUCCGAAGGGGAUCAGCAACUACAUGCUUCCAUCCGGCAAACAAUACAUUCGCACCACUCCUCAACCAUAGAGUGCAUUAAAACACCUAAGAAUCAAUGGUUGUUACCAUAGAAUAGAUGACAACACCAUGGAGUCAAUUGUAAAUGGUUUACAACACGAUAGAGGUUGUAACUGAUGGAUUACAACACCAUAGAAUAGGUUUUGUGAUUGGACAAGUUGAAAAUAAAGUGCCUUAAUCUUUUGUAAAACGUUAUGAAGAAAUUGUCUUUGAUUUUCGUUUAAGAUUUAAUAUUCCCAGUAGGAUUAAAGAGAUUGAAAGAAAAUGCUGAAUAAAUUCACGUGUGUUGAUUUUCGUUUAGCAGUUAAUAUUCCAAUUAGAUUCUAAUAUUAUUAAUAUUCCCUGAUUGAAUCGGUCUGAAGAGAAAGGGUCCAUGUCAAAAGUCAGAAUUUUUCAGGGGAGAGAAAAAACUGAAUACAGAUUAAAGUAUUGAUAAUUUCAAGAUUGUUUUUUGUCAUUGGGGUGCAAACUCUUUUAAGACAACAAUUUUAAUCCAGUGUAAGCACUUAUAAUUAUAAGAUUCACCCCUUAAAAUUGAGUUUUUUGUUACCUUAUGAUUUACCUUUAUGAUUUACCUUUGAUUUACCUUUUUUGUUAUCUUACUCAUGAUGAUAUUAUAAAUUAUCACUCUUCAACUUUUACAAUAAACACCUCAACCGAAAGCAAUCUAACCUCAAAGCAACACGUCUUUGAUUCACGCGUUGCUUCGAGGUUAGAUUGCUUUCGGUUGAGGUGUUUAUUGUAACAACAAAAGCAUAAAAAUCGCAACUGACAAACAGUUGAUUCUCGAAUUUUCGGCGUUGAAAGGAAACAUGUGUGUCAUGACUAUAAGUUCCAGUUUAGUUAUAGUUCCCUUUCACUCCAGUACAGCAAAAAUAGAUACGGUAUAUGUUUCUCGUUUAAAGAGAAUGCUGACAUGUUCCCUUUCAACUCCAAUCGAUGUAUCCCACAGUAAACAACUCAUUUCAACCAUAAAAAAAUGAAAAAUUUUGACAUGUUCCCUUUCUCCUCAGGCCGAUUCAAUUAUUCCAAUUAGGGUUAAUAUGAGAUGGAACAACAGAGAUCGAAACAACAGAGGUCACGCAACACAAACCAAAACAUUUUGAGGUUAGGAUUGAGCGACUUUUUGAUCACUCUGUAUAUUUGAAAUAAAAUUGUUUUGAUUGGAUUUAAAGAUUAAAUUUAAUAGAACAAGAUCAUUCCAUAUUUUUUUAUAUAAUUUGCACUAAGAAAACGUUUGUAUAUUUUAGUUUAUACUAGAGACUAUCAAAAUUAUGUAAAAUUGUUUCAUUGGAUUCAAAGAUUAAAUUUAAUAGAACAAGAUCAUUCCAUAAUUUUUUAUUUUCAUAAUUUGCACUAAGAUGAAUAAAACGUUUGUAUAUUUUAGUUUAUACUAGACUAUCAAUAUUAUGUAAAAUUGCAGAUCAAUUUCCAAUAUGGUACGGUAGGUAAUCCAAGUGAAACUAUUCUGCUGGAAAAAUUGAAUAGGCCUACUGCGAGUAGAUUUUUGCUUUCAAUAAGUAUAAUAUUUAUAAAUAUUGAAUAAUUAAGAAAAAUUGAUAGUAACUAGCCUAUUUGUAAAAUAUGGACUGUUAUAUUUUUUGUCUAGAUAUGAGAAUAAUUUGUAUGUUGUUGAAACAUAAUAAAACUUGUGAUACUUGA